AUGAGCGCUACAAUGACAGUGACCGCUCCGGUGGAGAUCACGGCAGACAAUGUUGCCACUAUCUUCCCCGACGUCGAUACCUCUCUCGCUCGGGAUAUCCUCCCCUCCGCCACUAGCGACGGAGCCGCCCAGAGCUCUGAGCUCGCGGGAUACGAUGAGGAGCAGGUUCGGUUGAUGGAGGAAGUCUGCAUUGUUCUGGACAAUGAGGACCGUCCCAUUGGAAGUGCCAGCAAGAAGACUUGGUCUCCUCCACCGUGCCUUUUCCGUUUUCCUCUUCGACUCGAAGAACCGCCUUCUGCUCCAGCAACGCGCCACCGAGAAGAUCACAUUUCCCGAUAUGUGGACCAAUACCUGCUGCUCCCACCCCUGGGCAUCCCCGGUGAGACCGGUGCCGAGCUCGAUGCCGCGGUUGAGGGUGUGAAGCGUGCGGCGCAACGGAAGUUGAACCACGAGUUGGGUAUCAAGGCGGAGCAGGUGCCAAUCGAGAAGUUCGAGUUCUUCACUCGCAUCCACUACAAGGCUCCCAGUGAUGGCAAGUGGGGAGAGCACGAAGUUGACUACAUCCUUUUCAUCCAGGCUGAUGUCGACCUGGAGCCCAGCCCGAACGAGGUGCGGGACACCAAGUACGUCUCGGCUGAUGAGCUAAAGGCCAUGUUCGAGCAGCCCGGUCUCACGUUCACCCCCUGGUUCAAGCUUAUCUGCAACUCGAUGCUGUUCGAGUGGUGGAGCCACCUGGGCACCUCAGCUCUGGACAAGUACAAGAACGAGACCCAGAUUCGCCGGAUGUGA